CAAGCGCUGAUGUCCGGACGCGCCCUCUCUCCCUCUCUUGUUCUGGUUUGCAUCGGUGACCCAGGCAACGAAAGGCGGAUCGAGCCAAGGAGGGAGGGUGCGUUGCGCGCGGUUGCAGGACACAGAGGCAGAAGAGCCCCGAGAGAGAGAGAGAGAGAGAAGAGAGAAAAUGCCACCGCGCCACACUGGCGGCUGGCCCCGACGACCAUUUCCUUCCCUCCAGGACGCAAAGUGACCACGAGGCGGUCCUGAACAGCGGCGGGCAGAAGAGAGAGAGACGUUUUUAAAAAGUAAGACCCUCUGCAUAUUUUUUUUAAAAAAAACUCUCUGGAAGGAGCAAAGCGACCCGCCGCGCGAUGGCUGUGCAAGCGGCAACCGUUCACCCCCAUCACCAUUUCAUCCCCUUUUGCUUUCCGGCGGCGGCGGCUGCUGCCGCGGGGUUAGGGGAUUUCGUAGACUUGGAGAAGACCUACGAAGACGGGGGUUCCCUCCUGUUGGGAGGAGGAGGAGGAAGCGAUCCGGGGGAUUUCAGAGAAGCCACCCGCGACCUUUUGAGCUUCAUCGACUCGGCUUCCAGCAACAUCAAGCUGGCCCUGGACAAGCCGGUGAAAUCCAAGCGGAAAGUGAACCACCGGAAAUAUUUGCAGAAGCAGAUCAAGCGCUGCACCGGCAUGAUCGGAGGCGCCCAGGCCACGGCGGCGUCCCCAGCGCCCGGAAGCCAAGAGGCGUCUAAUAAUAAUAACAGCAACAGUAAUAAUAUCAGCCAUCACCACCAUCAUCCUAAUAAGCGGACUUCGGCCGGGUCGGCGCUCGGGGGCACUUCUUCGGCGUCCGCCUCGCCACCCAGCGGCGGCGCGGCGCACUGGAAGCCGCCGGCCAAGCGCGAAGCCAGCGCGCUGCAGAGCAAAAGCCUGGCCGCGCUCUUCGACUCCUUGCGGCCGUCGGGUUUCGAGCGGGCGGGCGCCAUCGGAGCUGCUGCUGCCGCUGCUGCCGCCGCCGCGGUUGCUGCAGGCGGCGGGCUGGGAGGAGGGAAAGAAGGCGGCCCGGGUCCAUCUGCUGGUGGCGGCGGUGGAAAGAAGGUGCCGCUCCGGAACCGCAAUUUGCCCCUUUCCUUCUUCACCGAGCCGGCCCCGACGAGCCGCGUUGGAGGCGCCGCGGCGCCGAGUACCGGCCUGAAAGAACCCGGAGCAGGCCUCCUCCCGGCGGACGAGCUGUUUGACCUCCUGGCCGUCCCCGAUUACGGCAGCCUCCUCCCGGAGCCGCAGCAAGAGCAGUCGGUCUUCCAGAGUAGCCGUCUGCAGCCGUCGGAUCUGGGCAUGGAGGCGCCUUUGUACGAGCCUCUCCACCCGCUGACCCACUUGCUCUUCCCCGAGACCCCUUUGCGCCCCGUCGCCGCCCUGUACGCCACCCCGUCGGAGCCAGCGGCGACGGCACCCGACAGCAGCACGACGGCGGCGACGGCCCACUUACCCACCGCAGCCUUUGCGCCUUUCUUUCCCGAUUGCGCUCUCCCGCCUGCCCCCGCCAUAUCCUACGAUUACGCCCCAGGAUAUAACAGGGGGGUGCCCCCUUAUUCCAGCCUUUAGGUUAAGGUGUUGAAUUUUGAAAAAAGACGCGCUACCUGGGCUGUCAGGUCCCCAAAGUUGGGGGGGGGGCGGUUCAAACUUUGGGGAGGCAGAAGGAGGCGCUGUUUUUUGGACCUCCUAGACCUAGAAGGUGUGGAAUAAGUGACGUCUAUUAAGGGGAAUGGCCUUGGAAAGCCUUGAAUUCCUUUCAAAUGGCCACUGGGUGAAUGGACAUCAGUCAGAACAUAAGAAGAGCCCUGUUGGAUCAGGCCAAGGGUCCAUCUAGGCCAGCCCACUCUUCUCACAGUGAACAACCAGAUGCCUCUUCUGGGAAGCCCUCAAGCAGGAUCUGAGUGCAACAGCACUCUCCUCUCUUGUGGAUUCCAACAACUGGCUUUCAGGAGACAUAACUGCCAAUCCUAUGCAUGUCUCCUAGGAAGUUAAACCACACUUGAGUUCAGAGUGAGACUUACUCCCAGGUAUGUAUGCAUAGGACUGCAGCCUUAAACUGGUUUCACAGUCUUGCUUCUGUUCAGGAAACUGAAUAAACUGCAAUCCUAACCAUGCGUACUCAGAAGAAGUAAGUCCUGUUGAAUUCAGUGGGGUUUACUCCCAGUUAAAGUUUUAGGAUUGUAGCUGUAAAGAAUCAAUUAGAUGUGACCUACCUUAGAAAGUAUGUGGGGAGGUGGAGGGGACCCCAGAACACUGGCGGUGUUUAACCCUUCCCCUGCCACGAUUCUGAUAAAAAUGCUGCUAUUAUCCAGACACAUAGACCUUGAUGUGUUUUAAUCUUUUUAGUUAGUUGCUGUUUUAAUUGUUUUUUUAAAUGUUUUAAUUACUUGUUUUUAACUGUUUUAUUGAUAAGUUUAAAUGUGUUUUCUAAAACCGCUUAGACUGAGGGGUUUUUUUUACAAUCAAGCGGUAUAUAAAUAUUGUUAAAAUAAAAUAAUAAUAUGGGAAAGACUUGGGGGGAGGGAGGGGAAAUCUCCCAUUGACACCAAUGAGAACUUCCCCCAUAAGGCUAGUAGCAAGGUGGGAUUUUCAUCAGGACCGUGGCUGAGGAGGAAAGAGUAGACCUCCCCAUCCUGCAUGCUGUAGUCCCAAUGAAAAUCAACCACCUCCCUUAAUUAAAUAGAAAGCAAUCUCAUGUGCUUUUGGGUAGUAUUAGCUUGGCCCUUAUACUGGCUUAGCAUCCAGCCGUUUUCUUCCUGUGGGCUGAUGUCGCCUAAGGGAGGUGAAGGAUCCCAGCGAGGAUUCUACACUGCAGCUCCCAGGAUUCUUUGGGUGAGUCACCAUGACAGUUCAGUGAGUGCAGAAAACUUGUUUGCCAUGUCGCUUUCCAAGCUCCCAAAUGACUGUGGAAAUGGGUCACACAGAGGAGGUCCAGGAUCUUGUCUCGAUUGUCCCAAAGUGCAGGACAUGGAAUAAUGGGCUCAGGUUGCAGGAAGACAGAUUUCGACAACAUCAGGAAAAACUUCUUAACUGUUAGAGUGGUGUGACAACGAAAUCAAUGACCUCGGGAGGUGGUGGGCUCUCCAACACUGGAGGCCUUCAAGAGGCAGCUGGACAGCCACCUGUUGGGGAUGCUUUAAUUUGGAUUCUUGCAUUGAGCAGGGGGUUGGACUUGAUGGCCUUACAGGACCCUUCCAACUAUACUAUUCUGUGGCCAGUAAUACUAGCCACAACGGCUGCUUACUACCUCCACUGUCGGAGGCAGUAUAUAGACCAGUUCCUGAGGAGCACAAAUAGGGAGAGUGCUGUUGUGCUUAGGUCCCGCUUCCCAUAAGCAUCUGGGUGUCCACUGUGAGAACAGGAUGCUGGACAAGAUGACAAGCUUUUGGUUUGAUCCAGCAGGGCUUUUCUAAUAUUCUUACGGUUGCUUAUAAAGUAGGUCUUUGGGGAUGGUUACGUUUUGGCAAAAGCUUUUCUGUCUUAUGGGUGGUUCAUACCAGCAUUGAAGAAUGAAAGAGGGUGGUUGGUUGAGGUGUGAAACGUAUCCUUAGUGCCAAAUGGGAUCAAUUCUUAGGUAUCUCUUUGGGAAUCCAGCACAUAAAAGUGGGAAGGGUGUUUUUCUUAAAAAAAACAACAACCUGAACUGAAAACACCUGUUGAUCCUACUUCCCUUUUGGUUUUAGAUCUGAUUUCCAGUGGUCCCAUAAGUUUAAAAACUCCCUGCAAGUAGAAAAGGAGGUCAGCUGGCAAAAGGCUAAAGCCGAACCUGAAUCUUACUUGAAACCUACCACAAGGAUUUAUGGCUGCAGUUCUCUGCUUGUUUACAUGGGAGUAAAUACUGGUGAACUCAGUGGGACUUUUGGGGAGAGGCCAAAACUGGAUGGUAGAACACCUGCUUUGCAUGUAGAAGGUCCCAGGUUCAAUCCCCUGCAUCACCAAGUAUGGGUGGAAAAGCCUCCUGUUUGAAACUCUUGUAGAGGCUCUGCCAGUCUGUAGAUAACACUGAGCUAGAUUCACCAGUGGUCUGACUCAGUGCGAGGCCGCUUCCUACAAUCGGCACAUCUGAUUUAUAACAUUCUUAGUCUCCUCAUAUUAUUCAUGAAUAUGAAGAAUAUCUCCCCUGCUGACUUACUUCCUACUGAUUGCUCUGAAUUUAUGGGCUGAGAUGCAGGGGAUGGGACCCAGGUUGCUUCACAAAAGUACACCCCCUAUACUUAGGUAUGGGGGGGAAGUGCCCACCCAUAUGGCACGUGAAAAUCACAUGUCGCUUUUGCUGCAUAUUUACAGUGCAGUUUGGAAGCCUGACCAUACUUUUCACGGCACAUGUAUUUGUGGCGUGUGCACUGGUGUUCCCUGGAAGAGUGUUGUCAAUUGUAAAGGGAGAUGCAUGAUUCUAAACGUGUGGAAGACACUUUCCUGGAAGUGUUUCCAGUUGAGAUCCCUGGCACAUGGCCCAGCGUGUUUACCAGAUGCACAUGUCUCUAUCACACACUGUGGUUCACCGGGAGGCAUGUGGUGUAUUCAUGGAAAACACCUUUGUAAAUGACCACUCAUCUGGUCGCCUGUGCUGAGUUAAGGAAUUCCUCCAGAUGACCAGGCUACAAAAUUUGUUCUGUUUUGUUUCCUUUUUGGUCACAACUAAUAUAGAUAUGAGUGAUCUGAUAUGCAAGUAAGCAUUUUGGUGGGAUGGAAACCUUUAUUGACGUAGGCCCAAAAUAUAUAUGGAUGUGGGAGACCUGUAAUUGGAUCCCCUGACAUUUUUUUUACUUUCCUUUGAAGCAGGGGUGGGUAACUCAUGCCCUUUCAGGUGUUUCUGAACUAUAACUCCCAUCAUCCCUGGACAUUGGCCAUGAUGGCUGGGGCUGAUGGGAGCUGUAGUUCAGCAACAUUUGGAGGGCCAUUGUUACCAUCCCUGUUUUAAAGCAAUCCAUAGGGAUAACAUUAGCUGUGUCUGUGUGUGUUGGUUUAGAUUUGGAGAAACAGUUCAGGGGAAAGAAUUAAAACUUUCCACCCAGCAUCCCUGCUAUCAGAAUUGAAGCCCUCCUGGGUCUCUUGACUUCACAGUGUAUUUUAGAGCCAGGCUAGAUUCCACCCAGCAGAAAGUGAUAGAAUUCUGUAUGGUACCAGUUCUGAGUGCUGGUGGGAAGUAUAUUGCACUUUUGAAAGUUUCGCAUGUAAAAAGGAACACAAACCCCCUCUCUGCAUGUAGUAAAGUAACACAUCCAAGCUUGCUUUCUUGGGGGAGCAUUCAAAGCAGGUGAACCCCCCCCCCACUAUCUGAAGUGGAACAGUCUAGAAUAAAUCUUCUCGAUCGUCCCAGAGUGCAGGACACGGAAUAAUGGGCUCAAGUUGCAGGAAGCCAGAUUUUGACUGAACAUAAGGAAAAAAUUCCUAACUGUUAGAGCCAUACGACAAUGGAACCAGUUACCUAGAGAGGUAGUGGGCUCUCCGACACUGGAGGCCUUCAAGAGGCAGCUGGACAGCCAUCUGUCGGGAAUGCUUUGAUUUGGAUUCCUGCAUUGAGCAUGGGGUUGGAUUUGAUGGUCAUAUAGGCCCCUUCCAACUCUACUAUUUUAUGAUUCUAUUAAAUCAUUACUCAUUCUGCGUAAUGAUUGGCUGUUAAUUGAAAGGCUAGUGUGGUGGGGUGUGCGUUAUGGCUUCCAAAUGUGCUUGUUUGGCAGAACAGACGCACCAUUUUUCACGCAGGGCACAACAUACGGCAUAAAGAUUUCCCCUCCAUUCCCCUCCUGGAAGAAAAAUGCCACGUCUGAAGCAGCCAUAAUUCAGUGCCAGAAUUUCUUCAUUUCACUACUGAUUCUCCUAGAAUCUCCUCCCCCCUUGCUGUUGAGGGGACCAUUCAGGCUGCACAUUGCACAGGUAGCCCUCAGCCCACACAAGGUAAGAUUAAGGGACAUGGUCUGCUAGGGGUUUCCACCAUGCACUCUUGAUUGAAAUGCAUGGCAUGGAUGUGCUUUUUUGAAACUAGUGGAGCUGGCGCAGCAGGAAUUCCUGCUGGAUUGUGCCCACUGUGGUUUGCCUGGUGCCAUGGAACUCGGCAAACAGAACCGACAUUCACUGAAAAAGAUGACAAAUGUGCCCUAUGGCUGUUACAUUUUUUUUUCUGCCACCACAAAAGGGAAAUAAAACUUACUCAUGUCACAUUAAGAGAUGAGAAUUGUCUGGUCAGUGGAGAGGUCCAAAGAAUGGAAUUAAUUUCCAGCUCCAAGAAUGGGCACACUGACAACUGAAAUUUUGGUGAUACGGAUCUGAGAUGGUAAUGGCAGCAUGGUGCUUGUGUAGUGGACCAUGGAAUGCUGGGAAAGGGGUGCAGUUUAGCCCAUCGGCCAUUUUGGCAGUCAGCUCUGUGGCAUUCUGUUGUGCCUUUCUGUGGUGUUCUGCAAAACUUUUAAGAGGAAUUUUUAAAGCUGUGGUAUCCAUCCAUAGGCAGGGUGAGAAGCAGGUUUUCCUGUGGGACGAUCUGUUAGGUGUGUCACGCAUCGAGGAGUGGGUGAUGAGUUGGCAAAGCUGUGCUAAAAGAGGAAUUGGGUAUUGGUUAAGAUGGCACAGCAUAUGACAUAGGGGCAUGGCCAUAAAAUGUGACAUACUUUGUGGAUUCUCCCUCUCGAAAUAAGAGGCAUUGGGUGCUCCUUAAAGUGGUAGUUUACAAAUGUUUUGCCAUGGACCACUUGAAAAUUGCUGAGGGUCUUGGCGCACCACUUAAUGAUUUUUCUGCUGUUGUAGCAACUAAUGCACUGUGCUAGGUGCUGUAUGAUUUUUAAUUGUAUUUUUGUUGCCUCUUCUUUUUCUUGCCUAUUGUAUUUUAUCCACAGAA